AUGCAUCCUCCAAACGAACGGGAACGAGGGGGUUACGAUGGUGCCAGUGGCGGCGUCCUUCACCCUUUUCCGGCUCAUGUUGGACCCGGACCCUGGCCGAAACACGACGCUGCCAAUGCUGGCUCUGCCGGCGCUUCAGGUCCGUUGCACCAUCACCACGGCACCCACGGCGCCCUCAACAACAACCAUCAUCCCGUCCACUUCAAUCCGCUGCAGCAACACCCACCACACCUGAUUCUGAACCACAACCACAACCACAACCACAACCAUCACCCGAUCCGCAUGGAACCGCGCCGAGGGAGUCAUGGACAUGGUCGGACCUCGCCCGCAAUAGCUGCUUCUUCUGAACAGCAUUCCCAACACCCGCAGCGCACCCAGUAUGCCCGUGCAAUGAAUCACCACAACAGGCCUGUGCCCCUGGCGCUGCUCCCGAACCGCACCCCGGCCUCCCCUCGCUGGGAUUCCAUCGAUGCACGCUCGAGAAAUGUUUCGCCCGUCCCUCCGAGUCCAUUCCAACCAAACCACAACCACCACAUCACGUCACAAAGACCACGGGCCGAGUCGACUACACCCACUGGCACCCCGAGACUGACGCCGCGCUCCGUAUUUCCCGGCCUCUCCUCCCACCCCUUUAUACCCGAGGCGCUCGAGCCCGAAGACUCAGACCAGGACGUCCGUGACAUAGAACAACAACAACAACAAGACUACCAAGAUCCAGAACCGUCGCCAUCACGGCCGUCUAUCCGGAAAUUCCCCCUAAUCGGCCGAGGAAGUCAGCAGAUCGACGAUGAGGUUAUGCGCCAUUCACCAAUACCCCUAACGCCCACCUCGCCCACCCACAGCUACACUUCGUCGAUUGUCCAUUCUCGCCAGGCGACUACGGACACAGUCAUGGUUGUUGAGAACUUCUCCCGUCCGCGGAAGACGAGCACAUCUAUACGAUCCAAGAACUCGGACAUCUCCGUCAUCCGCGCGGCGCCCCCGAUCCGGCAUCAACAUGAACCUUCGUUCGACAGCCUGCACCACCACACAAACAACCACCCGACACAAUACAACGAAAACAUAGCACCUAAUCAAUUAUGGCCCCAGGACCGGCGCUUCUCCACUGCGUCUUCGCACUCGUCAAGCACGUUUUCGUCUUCGAUUGCCAAACGCCCGUCAAAUGACCAGCUUCAAAACGCAGCCAGGGACCAACCGCCAGUAAUGAGGCGCCCCUUUCCUGCACCUCCUGCCGGGGUCUCUGGCCUCCCUGCACGGCCUGCGCCUCCUGUCAGUUACAACAAUUACAACAACUUUUACCCGCCUGCGACUCGCGACCCUCCAGCUUGGAUCCAGGAGGAGUUCAGGCCACCAAGCUUCCGCUCUCCAUUUGCCACGAACUCGGGAGAGCGCUGCAGUAUUCUAACCACCCACAGUAUCACUGAGCAAUCCAUCAUCAAUGGCUAUGCUCGCGCGAGCUGGCGGACGAAUUCGAUAGCCGACGACGGCCCGAGCAUUGAAGACGUGAUGGUCAUGUACGAGCGGGGCUUCAACGACUCGGAGAUUGAGAACCUUGGAUUCCGCAAGAGCCGAAGGUUCCUGGACGAUACCGACCAUUUCGACCCGGACCUCGGAGUAUUUCCAAUGGGGGAAACCUCCCGACCCGCGACCAGUCAUUCAGACCCCGACACCGACCGGACGACCAAGAUCUUCGAGGCGAUGCAGGACGAGCCAUUACCAUUACCUGGAGCGAGACCGAUAUCCCGAAAAUCCGCUAGGCAAUCCAACUUGAAUCUCAGGAAAUCGGGACUAAUGAAUUCGUUGCCAAAGGACAUUGGUUUGGCGAUCAGCGAAGACAUGGAGAGAAAACGGCAACAGUCAAUCACAGAGUACAUGGAGAAGCAGAGGCAGGAAUCAGUAAGCGAGGAGGUUACGGAAAGGAGGAGACAGGAAUCUGACGCGAAGGACCCGGCAAAGCACGACUCGGCCAAGUUAAUGGAUGGCGAUAAUGUAAUUGAUUUGCAGGCCCAGGAACCUGCUGCGGCAGAUACUCCCACUCCCACGGCACCGAUGGAGUCGAUGGAGUCGAUGGAACCGAUGGAUACCCCCGAACUUGAUGCGCAAGAAGAAGAGGAGGAUGAGGAGGAGGAGGAGCGAUAUCGCGUUAUCCUAACGCCGAUUCCAACAGCGAAUAUGCCAGUCGAGCCACCCGAGGAACCGGGUAGCCGUGAUCGAUACGGUUUUCGAAAGGCCAAUUCGAACGUUACUCGUCAGCAGUAUGAUGACUGGGAUGCCCAAUACAGCGAAUACCUGGCACGUCGCAGGAGGAAAUGGAUCGCUUUUCUCAAGGAUAAUUCUCUCAUGACGGACAGGCCAAACAGGUUUCCCCCAAGAAGUACCAAGACGAAGAGGUUUAUCCGGAAAGGCAUUCCACCCGACUGGCGCGGCGCGGCUUGGUUCUAUUACGCUGGAGGUCCGGCACUUCUCAGCAAGCACAGGGGUGUGUACGAUGACUUGGUCAGGCGUGCAGGAUUAGAUCCGAAAGGCCCAGGCAAGCUGGAGGGUGUAAGGGGUGAAGUAAAGCCGCUGGUCUGCGAGGAUAUCGAAAAGGAUCUACAUCGAACAUUCCCGGAUAACGUACGAUUCAAACCACCACAAUCGACAACGCCCGGUGGUGAUAGCCAGGCUGCUGGUGGAUAUAUUCCGGGCGUCACCCAACCGGCCGAGCGUGCCGACGAGCCCGAGAUUAUCAGCUCUCUGCGCCGCGUUCUCCAUGCCUUCGCCUUGUACAACCCACGGAUUGGAUACUGUCAAUCACUAAACUUCUUGGCAGGCUUGCUUCUUUUGUUCGUCGAGACCGAAGAGCAGGCAUUCUGGUUGUUGAACGUCAUAACGCGAGUCUACUUGCCAGGGACGCACGAAAUGAGCUUGGAAGGCUCGAAGGUCGAUCUUGGCGUGCUGAUGGGGACGUUGAAGGAUUCUUUGCCCAACGUAUGGAAACAAAUCGGCGGAGACGAGCUUGAAGGGAACCCCAGCAAAAGACACCGGUUAGGGAACCGCGUGAGGCACGGCGGCAAGAACCUCAGCAUCAGCGACCCGAACCGACUCCCCGCCAUCACGCUGUGCAUGACGGCCUGGUUUAUGUCGUGCUUUAUCGGAACGCUCCCAAUCGAAACCGUGCUGCGCGUUUGGGACGUGUUCUUCUACGAAGGCUCUCGUACCCUGUUCCGCAUCGCCCUUACCAUCUUUAAGCUCGGCGAGAACGAGAUCCGGGCGGUCCAGGAUCCGAUGGAGAUGUUUGGCGUGGUGCAGGCCUUCCCCCGGCGGCUGAUCGACUGCAACAUGCUCAUGGACGCCUGCUACAAGCGGCGCAACGGCAUCGGACACCUGACCCAGGAGGCGGUGGAGGAGAAGCGGGCGGAACGACGCGAGAACAUCCAGAAGUGGAGGGCCUUGCAGGAGGCCGCGAGCGAGGCUGGACCCCGGCUGAAUACGGCUGCUCAUAGUGCGAACCCGGCGUCCAGGUCGCAGGCUGCUGGGCUGGACCUCGCUGCCGAUGACCGGAAGGGAACGCUGUUUGGUAGGAGGAGGGAUCGUGAACAAGCAAGGGCGGAUGAGGUGAUGUAG